AUGCUGAAUCCCAUCUCGUUCCGACCGGGUCCGGUUGUGUUCUGGACAACUCUUGUUUACCUUGCUCUGUUGAUACCCCUAGUAAUAAUCAAUGAAUCCGUACCUUCACCACCAGGCGAGAUUCCAGCAGCUGGACUCAACCUCACCGAAGCUUGGCUUGACCUCACUACUCUGACCCAAGGUUACCACCCCUACAAUAGCCGGAAGAACGAGGAAGUUCGCGACUGGCUUUUAUUGAGAAUACAAGAGAUCCUGGAUCAGAAUGGCGUAUCGUGGGCAUCGGACCUCUCUGGAGAACCUCUCAGUUACGGCGUUACCGUUUUCAACGAUAUGGCCUCGAACUACAGCGGUGCAAUGUCUUCAGGUCAACUUGGUAGCAAAGCCCCAAAUGGGAGUUCUGGAGAGCCGGCAGCCUACUUCGAAGGGACGAACAUUCUGGUAUACAUUCGGGGGACCGACGACGACGAGGGGAGAUGGUGGGAAUCCGGAAACGGCGCAGGAGAGGGGGCACACAGCAAAGGGGUGACGUUGGUCAAUGCCCACUAUGACUCUGUCUCGACCGGAUACGGCGCCACGGACAAUGGAGUGGGUGUCGUUUCGGUCUUGCAAAUAAUCAAAUACUUCACGACUCCCGGACACCAACCCAAAAAAGGCAUUGUGGCCCUCCUUAAUAACGGCGAGGAGGAUUUCCUUUACGGAGCUCGAGCGUUUGGGCAGAGCCCGCUCCUGCCCUUCGUCCACACGUUUUUGAACCUUGAGGGCGCUGGUGCCGGGGGAAGAGCCAUCCUCUUCCGGACAAGCGACCAAGAAGUCACCGCGGCAUACGCCAAGACCAACAACCCAUUUGGAAACGUCAUUGGCUCCGACUCCUUCAGCCUCGGAUUCAUUCGAAGCCAGACGGAUUAUGUCGUCUUGAACGGCAUUUUUGGCCAGCGAGGCCUGGACCUGGCCUUCUUCAAGCCCCGAGCCCGGUAUCACACCAACCAAGAUGAUGCUAGGCACACUUCCCAGGCCAGUCUGUGGCACAUGCUGUCUGCUGCCAUCCAUACUAUGGUUAACCUCUCCGGCGACACCGGCAACACGUUCGUGGGCCCGAGACGUGAUGGCGAUCGCGGUAAGGUCCAGAAUGGCCGCCCCAGCGAUGGGGUUUGGUUCGACCUCUUCGGCAAAGGCUUCGUCUUGUUCAACUUGCGAGGAAUGUUCGCCUGGUCUCUUACGAUCCUGAUUGUCACUCCGUUGGCUCUUGUCCUCUUGACGUAUUUCCUCGUCAAGGCUGACAAGUAUUACUUCUUCACAACCAAAGUUAAGACCGACGACAAUCCCGACUCUGAGCCAGUGUCGGCCGGGGGACUGAGGGGUUUCUUCCGCUUCCCACUUGCCCUGAUAUUCGCCGUGGCCUUGACUUUGGGUGCUGCUUUCCUGUUGCGCAAGAUCAACCCGUUGAUUAUUUACAGCAGCCAAUAUUCUGUGUGGGCGAUGAUGAUCUCCCUGUUCUACUUUGCCUUCUGGCUCAUCAUGAGAGGCGCCAGCUUUGUCCGGCCCAGCGCUCUCCAUAGGGGCUAUGCACAUAUCUGGCUUUUCCUCAUUGGCUGGGCUAUACUUGUCGCAGUUACCGUUUUUGAGGACAGGUUCAAAAUCAGCUCUGGAUACUUUUUCGUCUUCUUGCAAUCCGCCGUCUUUCUCUCGACAACAAUCACGUUGGCCGAGCUGUUUGCUCUGCCGAAGAGAACUACUUGGGCCCAGCAGGUCCGGGACGAUCGCGAUGCCAGGGAAAGUCUCUUAUCCGGUCACCGCCCGGACGAUCUCAUGGCGCCUACACCGGGAGAGAUUCCGUCGCCGGUAGACCGAGACGGGGAAGACGAUGAGGAGCCAGAAGCUGCCAAUGAGACAACGCCACUCGUCGGCGGGGGCCGGGGGGAGAACUUACGGACGACCUUCGCUACCACUUACCGACGCUCGAUAUCCGCAAUUGCGGACGUGGCCCACCCGACGGAUGACAGUGACCAAAAGCCGUAUGAAGGCGAGCAGUCAUGGUCUGGCAGUCUACCAUCGUGGACUUGGAUGUUGCAAUUUCUUAUCGUGGGGCCGUUCAUCAUCAUCCUUGCUGCGCAGAUCGGUCUUACUUUCACCGACGCUGUCAACCAAACCGGGACGGACGGCUCCAACACCCUCCUGCCUUAUCUCGUCAUUGCCCUGUCCACAAUCCUACUUCUCCUUCCGAUAACUCCCUUCAUACACCGCGUUCCACACCAUCUCCCGGUCUUCCUGCUUGCUGUCUUCACCGGCACAUUGAUAUAUAAUCUUGCUGCCUUCCCCUUCUCUGCCAACAACAGGGUCAAGAUCUCCUUCCAACAGACCAUUGACCUUGACACGGGCGAAACUACCAACCACUUCAAUGGCGUUGAGGAAUAUGUCCGCCUCAUCAUCCCGGAACUACCAUCGUCCGCCGGCAGGGAAGUCUCGUGCGGUCCGUCAACAAAACAGGGCAUCGCGCAAUGCUCCUACGACGGGUCUGCGGUCCCACCAAAUCUUGACAAGAGCCUACCAGACGGCAUCCCGCCCCAGAAGAGGUACGCCGACCUGGUCUCCAUCAACGUCACCCGAGGAGACGGCAACAAGGCCCAUUUCCAGAUCGACGCCGUGGACACCAAGGCGUGCUUCCUCCACUUCAAGAGGCCCGUCAGCGCGUUCAACGUCGUCGGCGGUUCCGGCUGGGAUGACCGGUUUGGUCCCUUCCCCAACCAGGGGGUGGGCCAGCUAAAGCUGUGGCGGAGAGACCCGAAGAGGAGGUGGGAGGUGGAUGUGAGCUGGCCCGACGAGGACGAUAGCGCUGCCGCGUCCGGAUCGGACCUUGUCGAAGACGGCGCACAGGAAGACUCUGUUUGGUCCGACGGCGAGCUGAGGGCCAGGACGUCCGGCCUGGAGGGCUUCGUCAGUUGCCAAUGGAGCGAUGCCAAUGUCCAGGGCGUCAUCCCGGCUCUCGACGAGGCGCUACAGUAUUCUCCGGCGUGGGCCGGUAUCACCAAGUACGCUGAAGGUCUAGUUGAGGGGAAGAAGAGGUUCAUGAUCUAG